ACGUAGCUUUUGUUUAACUUCAGUGAUGCUUUUACAUCAAACUGCUUAUUUAUUCCUCCCUGAGUCCAUGUUUGGUUGGUUUUUUAAUUUGAGUAAAGCAAAGCUACCAAUGAAACGCAUAUCUAAUUUUUCCGGGACAAAUCAUGUAAUGAUGAUGCCCUCUUGAGUGCGAAGACGGCGCAUUUGGAAAGUCAAAAAAGUUGAUAUCACACCAAGAAGAUAAGAUUUCUAACAGGCCAUGUGUACAGAAGAUAAGAUUUGCUUAGCCAGAAAGCCGUGGUAAGUUUUUUUACAGACCAUGAUUGCUUUGCUUCCGUCCAAAAUCUGUGGAAGUGUGUCGUUAUCAUCGCCACAGGAUGCAAAGCGCUUCUUCUAAGACUCUGAAGUGUUUCCAAUUUCCAUAGAGCUAAAGAGGAUUAAUGAAUCCUCCAGAGAUGAAGAAAUCAGAGUUAGUUUUUGUCCCUGCACCGGCAAGAGGUCAUAUAGUAUCCACCAUCCAGUUCGCAAAGCUGCUUCUUGAAAGAGAUGAAAGAAUUUCAAUAACCGUUCUGGUCAUAAAGCGCCCACAUCCUCCGAACCUUGAUUCAUACAUUGAAGAAUUCGCAGCCUCCAAUUCUAAUAUUCGAUUCGUUCAUCUCUGUCACGUCGAUCCACCACCUCCGGAGUUGUUGAAGUCAGCUGAGAAUUUCCUGUCCAUUCACAUAGAGAAGCACAAAUCCCUUGUCAAAGAUGCUAUAAGCAACCAUGUUGUGUCAGGUUCAAGCACUAAACUUGCCGGGCUAGUCGUUGAUUUGUUUUCCACCCCAAUGAUAGAUGUGGCAAAUGAGCUUGGCGUUCCUUCCUACGUUUUCUUCCCCUCUAGCGCUGCUUUUCUUGGACUUAUGCUAUAUCUCCCAACUCGACAUGCCCAACUUGGGACUGAAUUUAGCAUUUCCAAUCCUGAUUCGACUAUUCCAGUCUAUGCCAACCCGGUACCCUCGAGGGUUUUACCAUCUUUUCUGUUUGAUAAACAAAAUGGUGGUUAUUCAUCAAUGCUACAUCAUGGCACACGGUUCAAAGAGACGAGGGGUUUCAUCAUAAACACCUUUGCAGAGUUAGAACCUAUUGCGAUUGAGUCACUGGAAUCCCGCAAGGAAUCAGCUGCAAUUUACACAGUUGGACCUCUGCUCAACCUUGAGCUUCAAGAGCAUUCCCAGUCUGAUCAAAAGGUUAUGAAAUGGCUUGAUGACCAGCCCUCUUCAACUGUGGUGUUUCUCUGCUUUGGAAGCCUGGGCGGUUUUGAGCCACCCCAGCUUGCAGAGAUGGCAACUGCACUCGAGCGAAGCGGGCGUCGAUUCUUAUGGUCUAUCCAGGCACCUCCGCUGAAGGACUUGAGAGUAAAACCGGCUGCGUAUACCAAUUUUUCGGAGAUCCUCCCAGAAGGGUUCCUAGAAAGGACACAGAACAGAGGAUUGGUGUGUGGUUGGGCACCACAAGCGGAGGUGUUGGCCCAUGAAGCAGUUGGAGGCUUUGUGUCUCAUUGCGGGUGGAAUUCCAUACUGGAAAGCUUGUGGAAUGGUGUACCAAUUGCUACAUGGCCUAUAUACGCUGAGCAACAAUCCAAUGCAUUCCAGCUGGUAAAGGAAUUGGAAUUAGCAGUGGAAUUGACACUAGAUUACCGAAUUACGAGUUCUGAUAAGCUUGUAACGGCGGAUGCAAUUGAGAAGGCAAUAAGGCUUCUGAUGGAUUCUGAAAACCCUGUAAGAAACAGAGUCAAGGAGGUUGGGGAGACUGGCAGGAAGGCGUUGAAGGAUGGAGGCUCUUCCUUCCUCUCAGUUGGACGCUUUAUCGAAGAUGUGCUGGUGGUAAAGAAAUGAUGAAGAAUUCACGUAUGCUCUGAAGUAGCUCGCUUUGAAAGGUAUCAAAAGCCCCAAUUUGGGUGUUGGCCUUUCGUAGUCUGUAAUAGAAUAGAUGCCAGAUUAAGAUGCUUUUUCUAAGUGUCAAAACUCAAUAAGUAACGAGUGGGAAUCUGUUCAAAAGCCCCAA